ACGUGGACGGUUGCUUGCGUAAAUGGCCAGCCAUUGUCAAGGAGGUCGCUGACACUUAAUUUCAAGUCUAUUAAAUAAAAAGCAUUUUUGGUCUUUGAUCAAAAUCCUCGUAUUAUUCCUUUCUCUGAGGCCAGAGAAAGAAAACGUCAGUGAAAAGGAAAGAUCGAAUAAAAAAGAUGGAGAGAAAAAGCAAAAGAACGAUGGUGGUGCUGUUGCUUUUACUGAUCAUGUUUUCAGCUACUUUUCAAGAGUGUUUCUCGGAUUCAAUUCAGCCGCCAAGCAAGCGAAGGUCAACCCAGUCAACGCCUGGUCGUCGUUUUGGCUCCACUACUGUUUUUCCUCUUACGGGGAAUGUUUAUCCUCUUGGGUACUACUCUGUGUCUCUUAAAAUAGGCAACCCACCCAAGAUCUAUGAGCUUGACAUUGACACUGGCAGUGACCUCACUUGGGUUCAAUGUGAUGCACCUUGUAAAGGUUGUACUAAGCCUCGCGAUUCUCUCUACAAACCCAGUAACAACCUUGUCUUGUGUAAGGAUACCCUUUGCAGUGCUGUUGACUCACCAGCAAUUGUCCAUUGUGAAAAUCCAAAUGACCAGUGUGACUAUGAGGUUGAGUAUGCUGAUAAGGGUUCAUGCCUUGGAGUGUUGGUCACUGACUACUUUCCUAUGAGAUUCACCAACGGUACUGUGCUUGGCCCCCGUUUAGCCUUCGGAUGUGGAUAUGACAUACAUAAUCCUGGUCCAAACCCUCCUUCACCUACAGCUGGGGUCCUGGGUCUCGGCAAUGGUAAAGCAAGCGUUAUAUCACAACUGAAUGCACUGGGUCUAACACGUAAUGUGUUAGGACAUUGUUUAAGUGGGCAAAGUGGAGGUUUUCUAUUUAUGGGAGAUGAUCUUGUUCCUUCUUCAGGCAUUGUCUGGACACCAAUGUCACACAAUUCAUUGGAGAAAUACUACUCAUCGGGACCAGCAGAACUUCUGUACGGUGGUAAGGCUACUGGUUUAAAGGGCCUUCAAGUAAUUUUUGACAGUGGCAGCUCCUACACUUACUUUAAUUCCCAAGCUUACAAAACCACUGUUGACACGUUGAAGAAAAAUUUGAAAGGAAAGCCAUUAAAAGAGACAAGAGAUGAUCAGACCCUCCCGAUUUGCUGGAAAGGUCCAAAACCUGUUAAAACUGUCAGGGAUGUCAAGGACUACUUCAAGUCUUUGCAGCUAAGCUUCACAAAAAAUGUCCAGCUGGAUCUAUCUCCCGAAGCUUAUCUCAUUGUUACAAAUCAUGGGAAUGUGUGCUUGGGAAUUCUGAAUGGUACUGAAGUAGGGCUGAAAGAUUUCAACAUUCUUGGGGACAUUUCUAUGCAAGACAAAAUGGUGAUCUACGACAACGAGAAGCAGCAGAUUGGAUGGAUUCCUUCAAAUUGCAAUAGGCUACCCAAGUCCUGAGCUAUUCUCUAUUACUUUCUUCCUUUAGUGUAAUAGCAACUGGGAGUUUCUCACCAGCAAUUUUUUUCCCCUCCUGUUUAUUAACAGUGUAGAUCGUGAUUACAAUGAAGGAAUUCGGCAUUCCUAUGGAGCUGAUUUCAGCGUCUUACAAGACAAUUACUUGAUUGCUUCUAAGAUUGAUGCACAUGCUGACAGAAAAUCUGAACUCUGAUGCAAAUAAUCGAUAGACACUUACAGCUUAUACUGUUUAUAUAUAGAGAAUAGGUAACAUUUAAUUUAAGUCAUAGAUUUGAUUAUAAAUUUCAGUCAUAGAUUUGAUUAUAAAUUUCUGUCCUGCAUUGUUGUAGAAAUUUCUGUCCUGUAUAGCAUUAUAUCCUGAAUAUCUUUGCAUAUAUUUCUACCUCAAGUUAGCUGCA